GUGCCGGGGAGAGGCAGGCAGAACCUGCCCGCCGCUCCGCACCCUCCGUGCUGCGUGUUCCCGGCUCGGUGUCUCCUUGCCUUUGCCCCGGCGCCCGCAAAACUUUUAUUGUCUCGGGCUCCCCCGGGCUGUGUGACGAAAUCGCAGCGCUCCGCUGUCUCCACGCUCGCCUGCAGCGGCGACCGAGGGGACGUGCAACCCUCGCCCGCCGCCGCCGGGCUCUUCUUGCGCUCUCUGCGCUUCCUCACCUGCCGAUCGCUCCCGGGAACCGCGAAGUGGGGGGGGGGGACCCCCAAAGGGACCGCGCGGGCGCCUCGGCACCCCGAAAUCCUGUUCACCGGACCGGCGCGGCGCAACUUUAACUUGAUUCUUGUCGCCCACCCAGGGCACCCGCGGCGGCCGCCGCCGCCGCCGCUGCCGCUGCGGUCUCACAAAGAGCGCGGGGAGGGAAGGCGGCGCGGGCGGCGGGCACGGGCCUCGGGGCUGCCUAGACAAAAGGGAAACUGCCAUCGCUCUGGGCUCCUGUUCCGACCCGCCGUGGGUUCAUCCUACCGGCCCGGGCUGCCUCUUCGCCUCGGUCCCCCGCGGGCUGUGCCCGCAGUGCUCGGACCCCGCGAGCCGCGGGGCGCGCGUCGCUGCUGCUGGUCGGGGCUCUAGGGAUAAUAAAUGAUAGAGGAUACAAUGACUUUGCUGUCUCUGCUGGGUCGCAUCAUGCGCUACUUCUUGCUGAGACCCGAGACGCUUUUUCUGCUGUGCAUCAGCUUGGCUCUGUGGAGUUACUUCUUCCACACGGACGAAGUGAAGACCAUCGUCAAGUCCAGCCGGGACGCGGUGAAGAUGGUGAAGGGCAAGGUGGCCGAGAUUAUGCAGAACGAUCGCCUUGGAGGACUUGAUGUGUUGGAGGCCGAGUUUUCCAAGACCUGGGAGUUCAAGAGCCAUAAUGUGGCGGUGUACUCCAUCCAGGGCCGGAGAGACCACAUGGAAGAUCGCUUCGAAGUUCUCACCGAUUUGGCCAACAAGACGCACCCGUCCAUCUUCGGGAUCUUCGAUGGGCACGGCGGUGAGACUGCAGCGGAAUAUGUAAAAUCCCGACUCCCGGAGGCCCUCAAGCAGCAUCUUCAGGAUUAUGAGAAGGACAAAGAAAACAGUGUUCUGUCUUACCAGACCAUCCUGGAGCAGCAGAUCUUGUCAAUUGACCGAGAAAUGCUGGAAAAGUUGACGGUGUCCUAUGAUGAAGCAGGCACAACGUGUUUGAUUGCCCUCCUGUCAGAUAAGGACCUGACUGUGGCCAAUGUUGGUGAUUCUCGAGGAGUCUUGUGUGACAAAGAUGGGAACGCCAUUCCCUUGUCUCAUGAUCACAAGCCUUACCAACUCAAGGAGAGGAAGAGAAUAAAGAGAGCUGGUGGAUUCAUCAGUUUCAAUGGCUCCUGGAGGGUCCAGGGCAUCCUAGCCAUGUCUCGAUCCCUGGGAGAUUACCCACUGAAAAAUCUCAAUGUGGUCAUCCCAGACCCAGAUAUCCUGACGUUUGACCUGGACAAGCUGCAGCCCGAGUUCAUGAUCUUGGCAUCAGACGGUCUGUGGGAUGCUUUUAGCAAUGAAGAAGCAGUGCGAUUCAUCAAGGAGCGCUUGGAUGAACCUCACUUCGGGGCCAAGAGCAUCGUCCUGCAGUCCUUCUACAGAGGCUGCCCUGACAAUAUUACAGUCAUGGUGGUGAAGUUCAGGAAUAGUAGCAAAACAGAAGAGCAGUGAGUCCUGCAGGGUCUCAGCUGCCCCAGACUAGAGGACUCUCAACAUACUGUUCUCUUAAUGUAAUAAAAGGUGUGGGAAUUAUAAUUAGGAUCAUGUGCCCCAACACAGAACCCCUUCCCUGGUGACCUCGAAUCCCUAUCAAGUGAUGAGCAGAGGGUUCCCUGGCUGACACUGUUGAGGGGCUGGAAAGAGUUUGUGUUCCCCAGCCCUUAGUCAGUGUUUGAAAUGCAUCCAUAGGUAGCUAUCAAUCCCACAUAUGAGGCAAAAGGAAGACAGGCCAUGUAUUCUCCUUCCUGUUCUUUUCAUGAUCUCUUCUGUGGUCCUUCAGACAGCCUCCUUGGUGUCCUCUCGAGAACCUGGGGCAGGGCAGGCCUGUAACUGCAGGCAACAUGCCAGCAUCAUCUGAUGAUGUGCUGGUGGUGCCCUCGGUCCAGCAGCUUCUGAGCGUGCACCUUCGGUACUCCAGCAGCCUGCAAAGGAGACUUGCAACACUUUAUUUGUUGCCUGCUCUUGGAGACUGAGGGAUGCAGAGAAGACAGAGAGUUGGUGGCAGCUUCCUGCACACCAGACAGCACCCCUUCCCCUUCCUUAGUGUAGCAGAUUCAGGAUGCAGUUAUCCAGCCCUAUGCCUCUCCUCAUGGAGCACAACUUUACCAUUUGCUUACACCUUACAAUGAAAUGCAUCAAGGGUAGCCGCUGACUUCACCAUGAGUUUUUGUCUCACCAACAACCCUCAGAAAGGGGAUGAAGCGGGUGGGAAGCACAGCACAGUACAGGACAACUUUCCAUCUCCAAGGAGGAAUGAGGCUGGGAUGAGACUCGCUGUCUGUCUCAGUGAGGGAGGUCACCACCACCUCAUGCUCACCAGCUACUGCCUUCUACACAGCCUUCCCCAGCCCAUCUUAGCAGCUUUCACGUCUUUCAAACAGUGUUGGGAGAAACAGCAGCCUAGGAUCACCCAAGAGUGCUGUUCCCAGCCACCACAAAUUGGUGACAAACCACCGAGACAUGCUUCCUGGCCAAGAGAAAGGUCUUUCAUCUUUGGUUGCAAAUCUCUGUCCAUACCCGGUAGCAUUCCCCAGGCAAACACAAACUGCCUGCUGUAACCUGGAGGGAAAUAGUAGACUGACUCCUGGGGGAACCUGUGUGCACUGGCCGCAGAGCUGCCUGGGAAUUCAAGCAAGAACCCUGAGAGAUAAGCAGCACAGUUACUUGGGGGCCUGGAUUGCUGCUCUCCCCUUCCUAACACCAAAGCCGUGGGGUUUUUCCAGUCUCUGUACUUUAUAAGUUAAUUUACAGAACAUACUAGGUUGUCCUUUUUGACUGAUUGAACCAGCCCCAAACAAUCAAGAUUUUCAUUGCAGACCCACACCCAGAGCCUGCCUUCUUUCGUUCUUUCUCAGAGUGGGUGUUUGUCAGCAUGGCCUCUCAAGGCCCGCUUCUUAGCCCUCCCCCCCCCCCCCCCCCCCCCCCCCCGCCUUGUCCAGCCCUCUGUCCUUCAGCUGCAGAGCUUGCCCAAAGCCCAGUGUGGAGAACAAAAGAUUAUCUUGGACUCUGAGGACUGCAAACUGUCUUCGACUCCUCCAGGAACUUGCUUUUCUUUGACUGCGUCGAGAAUAAUGGUUUCCCAGGAAAUUUGCUUACUUUCGUACCCUGUGUUUUCGACAUGGAAUUAGGGUCUUAGUUACUGCUUUUCAGAAUGGUUUAGUACAGAACACAUUCUGUUGUGUUAGACAGAAGCACUGGCCUGUGGAGAGACAUGGACACAUGGGUCUGUAUUAUGGGUCAAGUGGGAGGGGAACAGAGGAGACAGAUGUGGGUUCAAUCAGUGAUGGAGAUACACUUGUGGAUUUAGGAUGUUCUUAGAGUUCCCACAACCCUUCUUCUAAGGGUCCAGAUUUGACAGUCCAUAUAGUCAACUUCUCUUUUUUGUAUUUGCUUAAUGCAAAAGUGUAUAAACAAGAGGAAAAAAUAAUAAUUUGAGAAACAUUUUUAUUAUAAAGAACAAAUAAUGAAAUGAUGUUUUGGUGAAGAAAAAAAGGAAAGACACCAAAUUAGCCCUUUGGUUAUUCCUUGAGCAAGUGGGGUUUCUUAACUGCCUGCGCUAGUCACAAAAUCUUCUAACUGAGGUUUAUGGACACCUUGUAAAUUUUGCUUUGGAGAAGUAACUUAUUUCUAACUGUAACCAAAUAGAAUAUAUAUAUAUGUAUAUGUACAUAUACAUAUAUAUCAUACUCCUUUCUUGCCUCUUCCCCCUCCCCCAUGGCUUGUAGACUAUCUUUAAAGAUAGAAAUUCUAGACAAAAUAGUAGCAGUUUGAUGAGUAGUCACACAUUAAACCAGAGUACCAUCCCCUUCCCCAUGUCCUCCUGGAAUGCUCCUGUCCUCACCUGUGUCCGGCUGUAGGGAGUCUGCCUUGGAUGUGGCUGGGCACACCAGCCACCCGCCUCCUCUGGCGGCUCUGGAAGGGCGAGUCCAGCUUCCAGAGAACUGGACUGGAGGGAGUCCACGUGAAGCUUCCGUAAACAGCACUGCCAAGGCUUUGGGACCGUCCCCAAGGCUGUCCAGACUCCCUACCUAGCCUGAGUUCCAAUUGCCAAUAGUCCCCACAGUGCCAAAUCUGGGGAGGGUUUUACAGUGUUUUAGAAGUACAGCUGAUGCCAAUCCCAGCCCCCAUCAGCCCCUGCUCGGCUCCUCCCUUGCUCGGCUCCUCCCCCAGCACUUUGUACUCUUCAGUGGGGUAGGGGUGGGAGGGCAGGGAAGGGUUUUUUAAGAAUUCACUGCAUUUGCAGUUAAUCAUAAAAAUAAACUAUACUAACCUAGAACAAUCCAAAGCUUGUUCCCAAGACAUGUAUUUUUUUUAGUGUGACCAACUUGCCCCAGCCAAUCUAGAUCACUGCUGUACCACGUGACUCCAUGUACUCAUUCCCCGUGGCCAGUGUUCCCUGUUCCUUGCUGUGGACCGGAGGGACAUUACCAAGAGAAGGUUCCAGUAUAGAGCUUCCCCAGGCUAGAAAACUCAAGCACGCUUUGUGUCACGCAAGUGUAGUGAUGCGGAUAUUUCGCACAAGUGCAAAUGCUCACAUGAGAGUGCUAGCUCACACGAGAGUGCUCGUGUUGCCGUUUUGACCCUCUCUGAAGUGGCCCCAGGGGACUGGUUCUGCCGUUGACUGGGGUAUCUGGAAAUGCAGGAAGGUUCACCAAAGGAGUGACCUCUUUACCAGGUAUAUUUGGUUUUCCUGUAUGUCUGUUUUUUCUCCUCCUCCUCUUCUUGAUUUCAGAAACCGUUUUCCCACCAUCAUUACACAGAUCUUCCUAGAGCAGUCUCCCAGAAUGCCUUCGUCUGUCACAGCAGCACUCCUGAUUUAGUUCUGGCAAAGACACCAGUCAGAAGCCCCGUGGUGGGCUGUGAACUGAGAGCUGCCUCUGGCUAAAUCCUUUGUAUGUAGGCCUUUGGGCUAGUUGGAUGCACCUUGCAGGAACAGAGGAAUCUAAUGGCCCUCAACACAAGAGAAAACACAUUCUAAAGACGUUUUUCUAAAUACAUGGUUUCACUGUCACAGGAGUCGGGGAACCAUAGUUUGUAGUCCAGAAUAAACUCAUGACUAAAUGUCAUACAGGAGGGGAGAAAAUGCAUAUAGAGUCCCAAUACCGUGUCUGCGAGCUUCUUGUUUUCCAGAGUAACUUGAACACAGAGAAUUCUGAGUAACCCCUCGUGACAUUUCAAUGGACUCCUAAUUCCACUUUGGAAUUGGUGACGGUACAGUUCGGAAGUCUGAAGCCCUGAGCCUUUCACCUGCAAGGCUGGCUAGAAGCAGGGCUGGAACACUAUGGUUUAAUACGCCCCCCAAGAGUCUCCUUUGACAGAGGAAGCCCUCACACUUCACUAUACUUACGCUAGAGCUACGGUCUCCCGCCUGGGAGUGGGAGCAAGGGCUUUGCCAUGCAGGGUGGUUCUCAGCCACGAUACCACAACCUUCCGUUGUUUCUCUGCAGCUGUCUUUGAUUUCCAGAUUAAACCCAAAUAUUCUUGUCUCAUCAUUGACAGUUAAAAAAAGGGGGGGGGGGAAUAUAACAGGAAAAAAUACAUACCUGAUUUUAAUCACUUUUGAUAUUUUAACUAUUUUUAAAAAUGUAUAAUAGAAAUGUCAACUGUUAAUAUUAACACAUAUUACUAUCGUUCCUCUGUUCACUCCAGAUUCUGUGGAAUAAUUUGCAAAUGUAGAGCUUAUACAUCCUGAAAUUCAUACCCUAUUUUUCACAUUACACACACACACGCCAUUAAGUCUGACAACGUAUAAGGCUUGGCCAUAUUUCCCUAGCCAUUAUCCUCAGCCGGGUCAAUAUGCUUGGGAAGCUGUGACAGGUGAUCCCAAAACAAUGGGUGAAACAGAGCACAGUAAAUCUGGGGCAAAGUCACUAAUUUAAAAUUGUAUCCAACGUUUUUAGGGAUAUGCCACCUACAUAAUAUAAAAUAGUAAAAACUAAAACUGAAAACUGCAUCCCUUUGGCUAGGGUGCAGACCGUAAAGGGCAAGGGUCAGCUGGUAAGGUGGUGCCUAUAGGUACGUUUCUAAAUGCUCCCUAAUACGUAAGCUUUUGCAGAUUCUUAGUAAUUCUUGGGCUUUGCCCAUGAUUUUUUUUUGGUUUACCACUGCUAAGCUGCAUACGGGUAAGCCAGGUGUUACAAUCAUUUUAUACAUUUGGUAAUAACUACACAUCGUAUGUACCAUCUGAGUUACAAUCAUUGAGAAGAAUAUGUGCUAUUCAUUUUGACAAACCAUCAUAGGCAUGUUGCAGGAGGAGCAGGCAAACCUACCCGAUCCUCUAGGUGUCUCAGCCCGUGAGGAACUAUAUCAGCCACACAUUCUCUCAACACUCUACAGACAAUCCAGAUGUUAAAUGGGAGAGCAUGCAUCCUUAGGGCAAUUUAAUGAGCUCUUUCAUAAUUUAAAGUGUGUUCAUGGAGAAGCAAAGGGAGAAGCCAUGGUCCAGGAGUGGAGCGGUGGGGGGGGGGAGGGGGUGAGUUCAGAGAAACUGAAAGCGACUCAUCUCAGCUGUGGGUUCGAGAUGCCUGUGCACCUGCGGUUUGGGGUAGUGACUUGGCUCCUGUACGAAGCAUGGCGGAGGCAGGAGGUGCUGUUCUUGAAGACAUCAGCUGAUACUUUAGAAAUGAAGCCUGGUUUUCCAACAGUGAAAAGUGUAAACAGAGUCCCAACUCCCUUGUGUCCCAGUGGAAUUUGGUAGAUGUGGUCUCACUCAGGGCUACCCUAAGCACGUCACCAUCUUGUUCUAUUCCUAUCCAAACCCUGGAUGUGGUUUUUCUUAGAUUCACAUUUUCAAAGUAAUGUCCCUUUUUAUACUUUUAAAAAUCCUAACAGAUGAAAUAGUUUGAACAUGUUGGUAAUCUCCAGAUGCCAGUUGUCACCAGGGAAAACAGUGACUACCUGGUCCAUAACACCUAGUUUCACAGAAAUAAAUGGGGGGGGGGCACAAUUUGGCAUUCUUCAUGUAAUACAAAGUUACACUGUUCUCAUAAUUUUUAAUUAGCCCAAUAGGGCCGGGCAGUGGUGGCACACGCCUUUAAUCCCAGCACUUGGGAGGCAGAGCCAGGCGGAUCUCUGCGAGUUCAAGGCCAGCCUGGACUACCAAGUGAGUCCCAGGAAAGGCGCAAAGCUACACAGAGAAACCCUGUCUCAAAAAACCAAAAAAAAAAAAAAAUUAGCCCAAUAGAAACCAUGCAUUAGACAUCUUUAAAUUGGGAAGAUGAUAUCCCAUGUAAAUUUUAAAUGUGCCUCAACCUAUGUAAGGAGAAAUAGGGACUGAUUAGAACAAUGCAAAGAAUUCUAUCACGUGGGAGAACCUAAACCCUGGGACAUUAAGCAAGAACAUAAUACUCGGGCAGUGGUGGCACACACCUUUGAUCCCAGUACUUGGGCGGCAGAGGCAGGCAGAUCUCUGUAAGUUCGAGGUCAGCCUGGUCUACAGAGUGAGUUCCAGGGCAACCAGGUCUACACAGAGAAACCCUGUAUAGAAAAAAAGAAAACAAAACAGAAAGAAUACAAUACUCUCCUACGGGCUCCCAGUCUCUGUGUUUUUCAUCUGGAUCCUUUUAUCUUAAGACACACAUUCAGAAAGUUGAAAAAAUGCCAUAACUGUUUCAGAGCUCCUAAAUGCUUAACUCUUACCACAUUAUUUUAAAACUGUGGCUUUAUGAUAGAGAUUGGGACUUUCUUGCCUAUGUCCCCCUAAGGGCGGAGGGGAAAGUUAGGAUGUGGAGCAUACAGGGACCAGGAGGAGGGGCAAGACUAUCCCAUGGAGGACAACAGAACCUGCGUUUGGUUCAAGUCUGAUAAUCCACAUUUCUGAGAACUGACUUCUACGUGUUUACUGUCUGGUUGUGUUGAGCGCCGUCCCUCCCCAGGUUCCUUGACUAGUGUCCUACCUCUGUUUCUAUAUGAACACCAUUUAGACUAUGGGUUGUCUAGAAUAGAAAUACUCUGUGAUAACGCAUGACAUCACACUUAGCAUCUGAACUGCCUUACCACAGAAGGUAAGAGAACAUGGCUGACUAGUCCUCGGACCCGUGAGGGACAGUGGUAGGUGGCCUCAGGAGUGGUAUGGUAGAAGCCAGGCUGCCUGUCCUGCAGAGAGAAUGAGAACACUGUGCCAUGUGCUUUUUCUAUUUUGGUCCCCAAGAGACUAUAAACUGUAAUGACCUCAUGCCCCAAAAGAGAACUGAGAGUGUUUAUCAUCAGUCUUCCUGACUACAUAGAUUGCGAAUUUGUGAUUUGGAAAGCUAGCAUAUUUCAGGAGUACAAUUACUUCUUAACUUCAAAUGCAAACAAACACUAAAUGCCAGAUUUUUAAACAAUAACAACAUAAAUGGUCUCUUAGCAUUACACAUUCCAAGUUCUAAACAUGAUUUUAAGUUUAGUAUCUUGAACAAGAAUAGCAAAAUCUGUAUGGGGGAGACAAAAAAAAAUCAGACUUUUUUUAACCAAAGAAGUAAUCACUUUGAACGUAUGCCAGCCCCAUCCUUUCCCUAAGCUAUCUGAGCCGCUGAGUUACAGUACUUUCCCUAUGCAGAGCAGACUGAUAAGAAACAGCAUCUCACUGUAGUAUGAAGUCAGCUUUGGAUGGUUUUGUUUUUAAUCAUGAGCACCUGCAGAAGAAACUGCACCAAUUUCUCCUAAGAUUAAGACCGUAGGUGGGGCCCAGUUUUUAAUAAAGAAAGGAGGAAGAGAGAGGGAAGGGAACACUGUAUUAACUGAGUAGUAGUUUCUGUGAGUGGUACCACAGCUCAGCAGUUCUGAGCCUGUCCUGUGCAGACUCUGGAAAUGCUGGCUUUGUAUGAGCUGUUCUUUAUAUCCAUCUGACAUCAUGAAAUUAUUUGCAUUGGCAGCAUUUCCUUGCUACGUGAAACAUCAGAAGGGGUUGUUUAUCAGAAGGUACCAAGAUCCAUAAUGUAACAGCCAUGUUUAAAAACUCUUGACAUUAUGUUUAAUGAUGAACUCACGGGUCAGUAUGAGAGCUGGAUCAACUAGGCUUUCUGAAGUUAGUCCCUAAAAUCCAUCUGUACAUCAAAACCUUGCUGAAACCUUGGUGCGCCUGGAGCUACUUAGACCUCUUCAUUUCUAGGGUUUACACUUGUCUCUGAGACGUGAGAAACGAGGCUGCAGGGGGUUGGGUGGAGCUCAGAGCAGGUGGCAAUGUCGUCACUCAAGAUGCAUGGCGUGUCAUUGGUCCCUUUGGUGUGCUAGGCACAGCUGGCAUUGUAGAGAUUGCUGUCUUCAUGCAAUCACUAAUUCUAUGUUGUAUACAAAGUGAACGGCUAAAAGAGAAAAAGUAAACACAUUAAAGCUAUUAAACUGUGUGCACCUAC